GUCAGUCUACAGUUGGACUCGUCAAGUAACCGAACUCUCCUAGGCGUUUAUAUCGGAGGUUACUCUGCCAAUCGCCUAGACCUAACAAAUAAGUGGCGAGAUAAGCCACUAUUCGUACUUUAAAACUAUUCGUGUUUAGUACAUAGGACAAGAACAAGUUUGUGUGAAAGUGUAGUUCUAGUUUUAGUUUGUGUGUGUGCGUGUCAGUAGUGAGUGCGGUCGAUAGUUAGUGGUCGUACCUUGCUAUUUGUGGAUUCUAAACAUACUAUUGGAUUUAAUUGUGAUAAUUUGGAUUUAUGAACGAAUAAAAAAUGCCUUCAAACAAGAAAUUGAUCGCGAAGAUGAGGCAGAUGGUUCAGUGGAUCCUGGUCGUGCAUGUGGUCGAAUUCAUAGAAGCGUAUUGCACACCACGCGACACAGCCCGGCGGUCGCCACAACGCAGCCGCCGCUCCCGAGAAACGCGUCGUUCGCCCGAAGCGGCCAGAUGGCGCUACGAGUCGCGCAGAUCCAACUACGACUUUGACAGUCGGCGUCCUUACGAAUACGAAAGUCGGAGAUAUUACGGACGCGAGUUCGACGGUGAUUCAGGGAGACGAGCCGAGUUCGACGCGGAGUCCGCUCGGCGCCGCGCGGACUACGAGUCGGCCAGACGUACGGACUUCGACUUAUCCGCUCCUGGCGUGUCCAGACGGAGCCCAGAAAGCGCCCCAGAGGGCUCCGUAGAAUCGCCACCAGAACCAGCCCCGUCUGCCCCGUUGAGGCACGAGAAGCAAUCGAGACAUAGGUCACAACAAUAUUACGAAUCUGAAUCAUCAUCAGACGAUCGCUCGUCGACAUCUGAAGACGAAGAAGACGACGAUUUCGGAGAAUUCGAUCCUUUUGCGACAGCACCGUCGCUACAUUCACCUGACAGUGGUCGUUCGGAUCCACGAUACGCCAACGCGCCGCGUAGAAAUCCAAGUCCGUACUAUUACGGCGAUCUUUUUAAAACAGCUCCUCCGCCACCGGCACCGUCAGCGCCAACUGUUUCGUCUACUUCAUCUUCACGAGGACCUCGUUACCGAAAAUCGGCUAGCCUAGACGCUCCGCACGUUGCUCCGCGGCCAAAUCUUCCUAAACGAUUCUCAGUCGCUGAAGAUGGAUUUCGUGAGCUAGACCGAUCCUCUUCUUCGUCAGGUGAGAGCGCGUGGAUGCCGCCAAGGCGUCGCGGGCGCGACGCGGCCGGCUGCGCGUGCGCCGCGCCCGAAGAUGUAGAGGAGCAUCACGCUUCACGUAGCGUCUUUUACGUGCCGGCACCUCUGCCUCGCUGGCCGCAAGAAAUGACCACCAGACAGAUAUACGAAACAGCUUUUGAUUGCAAGAUUGCGCGUUCUGAUGAUGAUUUGGAUGACUUCGACCGAGUCAGUAAUCAUCCUGCACUUUUGCAAGCUGAAGAACGAAAAAUCAUUUCUUCAGCAUCUUCAGCGUUUGAGGCAGUUGAACGCAGUGAACCCGAUUUCAAGGGUCGCCGUAAGGUGACGAUGAAAACAGAUAGCGUACGUCGUUCUAAAAUCCCGACGAUACGUCAAAAAAGGGAAAAUGAAAACAAUGCAUGUGCCUUGUCAGAAGAACUGGAAAAAGUGCACAUUGAAGGCGAAGAACGCGUCGCUUCAAACUCUCAAUUGCCUCUGCGAGGUUACACACCAUCACCACCAUCCACGGCCCCCUUGCCAACAAAAUUUCAACAAAAAGAUGGCUCUGCAAUGAAUAGUAUAAAAAGUGCACCCAACUUACCGCAGGCACAGCCAGCACAUCCUCGUCUUAAAGAUUUGAGAUUGCCUGUUAAGUCACUGCGCGCUCGGGAUACCCCGACAAGCAGUGACGCUAGUAUGGAUGUGAAAGGUUCAGUUUCAACUGAACUUGAUAUUGGACGUCUAAGGGAUUCUAGUCGCGAGUCACGCGAUGGCGAUGAUGAAAGAGCACAAUCUAAAGACGGUAUUUUUUUAGAGAUUAAGGGCCGACCCACUUCCGAUUCUGACACACCUGAAAUGAAUCGGUACACGGGGCCAAAGGGGGUCGGUCCUAUAAUGGAAUUUAAGGGCAGGCCGGGCGUGAUUCGCCCACGACGUAAAUAUUCUAGUACCGAAAGCAUGGCCACUAGUAGCAGUGGCGGAAGCAUGGAAUCAUUGCGCAGUAGCAAUAGCGAAGGCGAUAGAAGCAGUAGCAGUUCUGAAAGUCGUCAUUCGUCUUCUUUAAGCUCUCACAGCUCAGAUUCAGGCAAUGUUCCGUUUUCGAAAUCACAUCACAUGCAAUUAGGGUUUGGGCAUCACCAUCCGGCUAAAUUGAACAUCUUGAGUCCCAUUUCUGACAAGUCUUCACAGGAACCAGCAUCUGAAACUUCCGAUAACAAUAAGAAUAACAACUCCCAAAAGGUGUCACCCGAAGAAGGGGAUACGGGCAAUGCCACAAUCCAAACAGCUGUUGAAAUUAUUGCCAAACCAAAACGUAGAGCGUUACAAAAUCGCAAUCUACUGAAUCUCACAUUCAGACAUUCGGCUACUGGUGAUGCUGAAAUUCAAGGCUCCGACAGUGGUAUUUCGAUACAUUCAAGAGAAGGUGUUGACUCCAGAAAUGCGUUCAUCAAUUUUAAGAAUAGCAACACUGGAGAAGAACGCAAGAAUGAUGAUGUCGAUCUAUCUGAUUUGCCGUUCGACAUGCCGAAAUUGAGGAGGAGACGAGCAGAAGCCGAAGCCGACUUAAGAACCUUGCCAUUUGACAUGCCGAAAUUGCGUCGCAAAUUACGGGGCCAAUCUUUGCAACUCAAUGAUGAGUUUGGAGGAGGCAUUUCUAAUGCUUCAUCUAGUCAAAGCGUCGAAGAUUUAAACCAAGGUAAUAAACUCAAAUCGAGUUUGAAAUUGAACUUUGAUAGCGGCAGUGGCUCUAGUGGAUCCAAAGGAUUGCAUUUGAAUUUGGGGCCUAUAGCACCGCCCCGAGAUCUGGUUGAUGCCACUCUUCCACUUGACCGUCAAGGGUGGUAUCAUGGGACGUUAGCGCGCGUUGAAGCCGAGAGUCUGCUGAGGGAUGCCGACGAAGGCGCGUUUUUGGUCAGAAACAGUGAAUCAGCGAAACACGAUUAUUCACUUAGCUUAAAGUCAACGCGCGGUUUCAUGCAUAUGCGUAUCUGCCGAGGUGCCGAAGGUUACACAUUGGGCGGUGCUUCUACCGCUUUCCCUUCGGUGCCGGCUCUGAUGAGGCAUUACGUCACGGCCCAAAGACUCCCCGUGAGAGGAGCAGAACACAUGGCACUGUCUACACCCCUACCCGCUGUCCUGCUUUGAAUAUACCCAAUAAAUUAUAUUGGGAUGGAUUCGGAGCGCCCCGCACGAUGGCCAGAGGGCCUAGAACGUUCGACGCCAAGGUGUAAAUAGUCGAUCAAAGACGAUGACAGCACAAUUGUGAGGGAGCUAUUUAUUUAACUUUAGAAUUAGAUUCCAGUAAAAGAAUACCAAAGAAUACCUUAGGAUAUGUCUCGGCAUAGUCGCCAAUAAAACAUCAUAACUUCAUCAUAAUCGCUCAUCGUAGAACUUAUUUAAGCUAGUCGAUAUCACAGCUAAUUAUGUAACGUGACCUUUUUUUAUUCGCACGUAAUCCUCCUGUAUUUACAUAUAUGUAAUUUUGUAUCUCGCUUCAUGUUAUAACUGAUUGUUUAGCUUAGAAAAAAAUAAUAUAUAUCGAUAAAACUUGAUUAGUCAGUGCUAUCGAAUUAUCGUGCGUAUCUCUCUUAGUUCAUUUAGAUCGAUUAACGUAAAAGAUAUAAUCAAUAGUGAUUAACCUUAUGUUCGGCACCUGUACUUAUUAAAACCGGCGAGUCAUUAAAGUUACAAAAUAAUAUUAUUGCUUUCGUGAUAAUUGCACGGAUACAUUUCGGAACGGACCAAUCAAUGGAUUACGAAAAAUUCAAAAAAAUCAUUAUCUAAAUUUUAAAGGCAGCUAGUUCGUUAUCAUACUUAAUUAAAAUUAUCAACAAACGAUAAUUUGUGUUUGUAAUAGAGCCGUUAUCAGAAUUUAUGGAAACAUACCGAAAUAGUUCCUUUAAAUAAUGAAUUGUAUUUCGACGAUGACAAUGUAGAUUUGAUUAAACUGGUUCGAACAGAGAAUUUAAAACAGCAAUCAUUACUUUUAGUAUAUUUGUUUUUCCGCGAUUAAUAUCAUGAAUGAUUUGAAAAUUAUCCAGAAAAUAUAUAUAUAUCGAAUUGCUAAUAACAUUAAAAUGUAUUCUCACACUUUGACACGUCAACAUAAUUCUUUUAAUUGCGCAAAUUACUUUACGUUUUACACGUGGAAUUAUAUAUACGUCUUAAUAUAUGUAGUAUCAUCAUCCAUGUUCCGCAAAUUGCUUUUGCUAACCGUUUAAUUGGUCCAAGUUUGUCUGCUUAACAUCCAAAAGAGAUACACGAUAAAAUUGACUACCCGAAAACUAGGAUCGUCUUAAUUUUUUUCUAGAAAAAUACACUUAAGAUAACUCUUAAGAUAAUAACAAACUUAAUAUGUGUGUUUUGUAUGCUGCUAUUUUGAAAUUAGAGCGAACCUAUAAUCUAACUACGAUUAAGAUAAUUUACAAAUAGACAUUGCAAAUUAUCAUAGAUUACAUAUAAAUAACAGUGUAAAGGAUUUAAAAUAGUAACUUUAAAAGUUAGAAAUUAAGUUACACAAAUCGACACAGCUGUCUCAAAUGUUACGAAGCAAUUUCCGUCAGAAAAUUGAUAACGCAGAGAAUAUUCUCACUGUGUUUUAAUUAAGACGCCUACAAUAUUUAUUACGUUCGUAAAUGACUUAGGUCAGUAAUAUAUUAUUAAGCUUCAUUACAAUUUUAUCUGUAGCCCGAGCGAUGGUUCAUUGCUAAGUUUUUACACUAUCUUUUGUAUAACCAUGUGAUUAUAUGAUAUCUGAAAUUAAUCUUUAUAAUAAUAAAUUCAAGUAUUUCUUACCUUAUACUCGUAGCGAUUGAAGAGUUAGAAUUCAUACCAGAAAAAUGAAUAUUAAAUAGAUAAGAAAUUUAUGUUUCCUUCGUUACUAAACAUGUGCGGCUAAUGCCAGCAAUUACAGUAAUAAAAAUAGCGGGAGAGAUUUCGAAUGGUGUCAUAUCUAUUUUGCGACCACGAUCAAUAUACGCGAGUCGGUAAUACGAAUGUGAGCAAAGUAAUGCUAUCCACGUAAACUUAUUUGACCGACACAUUUUACGGGAUCUUAAUAUAGUUUAUCGGCUUCACUGUAAUCGUUUUGCGAAGCCUAAGUAUUCACUCAGCAUGAGAGGUUUCUGAACCAGUAGCACGUAAAAUAAUAAAUAUAGCACGUGUUAUGUCAGUUCACAACGAUUUAUUUAUGUUUUGUUAAUUUUAGACUUAAGUAGGAUUAGUAUUCAUGGGGCCCUCGGUAGGUUUUUCGAUUAUCAUUAAUAUCAACAUAAAACACUAGAAAUGCUAUAAUAAUAUUACAAAACAAAAUAGUGCAGUGCAUUAAACAACUGAUUACUAAUAUUUAUCUGAAAAAUAGCAUGCUUAUUAACGAAUGCUAUUUUAUAAAAUGUUGUUUGGUAUCCGUUUUAGUUUUAAAGCACAUAAUCCUGUGAACAAAUUGACAAAUAACUCAUGGUAUACUCUUAAACGUAAUAUUGCUGAUGCACUGUAAGGGUUUUAUGUUGAUUUCAUUAUUUAACUCAUAAUAAUUUAGAUACAACGAUCUAGUUAUAGUAUUUACUUUAUGCAGCAGCUAACUAGGUUUCGAUACAUAGUGAAUAUAUAAAGAUUUGGUUUGUGUAUUUAUUUAAAACGAUAAUCUUUUGACAAUGUAACGAUAUGUACUUAAUUAAGUUAAUUUUUGGGAUAUUAAAUAGACGAAGACGUUAUUAUUUUUUGUUCAUUUAACUGUUACAUUUAUAAAGCUACAUACAUCACUAUGUAUGGGAAACCUUUAGAAUUAUUUCUGUGAUUUUGUGUUUGUUACAAUGAAAGCCAAAAAAAUGUGUAUCUUUUAAACAUUUAUUAAUCGUAUUUAUUGUGUAUUGAAUUAGCGAUUGAAGUAACUUAUAAUAUCAAAUGUGUAUUUUUUUUUCUCUUGUGUAAUAAUAUAAGCGAUCUCAAAUGUAACUUCCUCUUAAUCAGUUACCUUAGAUAUAAUUUUAAUUUUAUGUACCUGAAAUUUUUUGAAAACGUGUUUAUUGAAACUUUUAAAUUGCGUUAUGUUAAUUUAAGCUUAGGAGUUAAAAGUUUUCAUGUAUAGCGUUUAGAUUUUAAUAGUAACGAGCUAUAUCUCGUAUGAAUGUGUGUGUUAUCAGUAUGCAACCACCGCAGAGCAGCUUUUGCAGACUAAUUUUUAAUAUAAUUAUUAUUACCGUUUUAGUGAUUGCGUUUUACUUGAGUGAGACAAUUUUCGGGUCCACGAUCAUGCCAAUACGCGAUUUUUGAACGCUAUUCGCUUGAACGUUAUAAGCUUUUUAUUUGUUCUCACUCAUGUAACAUUAUUAGAGUAACAAUUUAUGUAGUGAUGCGUAAUGAAACGUAGAAUAAUGAUUAAUGGAUACGUUAUUAAUUGGAUGUUACGGAAAUCUGUGUCAAAAUUUUUCAAAAGUGUAGUAGGUCCGGAUCAGAAAUUAGGUAAAAAUUUUAUAGCUUUUAGUAGUUAUAAACCAAUGUAAUUUGAAGGUGUAGUUUUGAAAUUGAUGAAUAAAUAAAUUCAAUAAAAA